CAAUGACCUGACCACCAUUACCUACCUCUCUAGGGUUCGGUAUUUAUUAAUUUAUAUCCUCCGACAAUAUAUUUUCUUUUCCCAACGAGAAAACAAAAAUAGAAGAAAGCAUCAGAGAUACAAAAAUUCAGCAACAGCGAUCGCGAUUAGAGGCGUUGAGCCAAUCGAGAGAUUGCGAACCGCGCAGCGUUCGUAGAUCGAUCGAUCCAUUAAUCAAUCAAUUCAGGAAUAUUUGAGGUGAAAUCUAAUCAGGAAAAAUAAAAGGAAGAUGUUCUUGUUGGAUUGGUUUUAUGGAGUGCUCGCAUCGCUUGGCCUGUGGCAAAAGGAAGCGAAGAUCCUUUUUCUAGGGCUUGAUAAUGCUGGCAAAACCACCCUUCUUCAUAUGCUUAAGGAUGAGAGAUUGGUGCAGCAUCAACCGACCCAGCAUCCAACUUCGGAGGAGCUGAGUAUUGGGAAAAUCAAGUUCAAGGCUUUUGAUUUGGGAGGACAUCAGAUUGCUCGCAGAGUGUGGAAAGAUUAUUAUGCCAAGGUUGAUGCAGUGGUUUACUUAGUUGAUGCCUAUGACAAGGAAAGGUUUGCAGAGUCGAAGAAAGAGCUUGAUGCCCUAUUAUCAGACGAGUCCCUGGCUAAUGUCCCAUUUUUGAUAUUGGGCAACAAAAUCGAUAUCCCUUAUGCUGCUUCUGAAGAUGAGCUUCUUUACCACUUGGGCCUGACGAGCCUCACUACAGGUAAGGGGAAGGUUAACUUGGCUGACUCAAAUGUUCGCCCGAUUGAGACACCAAGUAACAGAUUUCUACUACCUUUCAACACAGUCACAAAUUUCUACCUCGUUCGAUUCACAUACCAGAAGCAUCACGUCUUUCACCUUUCAGUGUACAAGUUCCGCCAGGAUCAUAAGCGCCAAAGAAUCCUCAAACUCGACCACAAAGCAAUAAAACCACCACCGGAAAGCUCGUUUAAAGCUCGAGCUAAAGCUCGUUUGGUUAACGAGCCGAGCUCGACUCAGCUCGAAAAGAGAACUUUUAUAUAA